UUCGAUAGCAAAUUGUUGGUUGCGCCAAACGUCAACUGAACAAAGAAACAGCUGGCAGCUGACAACAACAAUGAUGGACUUCAGUUAGACUCCAGUGCUAUUUAGUUCUUUGCUCGAGGUGCACACACAACACAGCAGAUGCCUCAUUCAACAAUGUCGAGCUGUUGCAAGAGGAUGCAAUCCUUGUGCCUGGGAUUUCUGCUGUUGUGUUUAUUGACCACUGUGCAGGCUGAUGUUAAUGGCAGUGUAUCGCCCAUCAUUGGAGUAUUGGCACAAGAACUUUACCCGGAUUCGUUAUCAGCCACAACUUAUAAUGCAACCAGUUAUAUUGCGGCGUCGUAUGUGAAGUUCAUUGAAGGUGCGGGAGGCAGAGUGGUGCCAAUUUGGAUCGGCCGCAAUCAGAGCUACUAUGAAAAACUGCUGCUGAACCUCCAAGGUGUGCUGUUGCCUGGUGGAGCGACCUGGUUUAUUGAGACCCUCGGCUAUGGUGAUGCGGGCGAGCAUCUGAUAAGGAUUGCCAAGCAGAUCAACGAUAAUGGCACCUACUUCCCAGUGUGGGGCACCUGUCUGGGCAUGGAAUUGAUGGUUCUCAAAGUGGCCAACGGCAGCGAGACGCGCAGCGAUUGCAAUUCAGCUGGACAAGCUCUGCCGCUGGAAUUUCAAGCAGACUACAAUUCGAGUCGUCUUUUUGCGGGUGCUAGCGAUGAGGUAAUUUCAGCGCUGUCCAACGAGAAUAUCACCUACAACUAUCAUCGUUUUUGCUAUACGGUUGCCAGUUUUGAUGAGCCCGCUCUGAAGGAUAAUUGGCGUAUAAUGUCCCUAAAUCAUGAUCUACAGGGCUAUGAGUUUGUGUCUACCAUUGAGCACUUAAAGUAUCCGUUCUAUGGCGUGGAAUUCCAUCCGGAGAUUCCGCUUUACGAGUUCGUAGGCACUAAAAUGCCGCACACGAAGUCUGCGGUCCUCGCUUCCCAGUAUUUUGCUGACUUCUUUGUGAACGAAGCGCGUCAGUGUCCACAUGUGUUUGCAAAUGCUACAGAGCAGAAGAGAUCACUGAUCUACAACUAUAAUCCAAAGUACACUUCGCUCGCAGGGUCGAGUUAUACUCAGCAAUAUGUGUUCCACUUUGAUGUCGAUAGUGUUUUUGGAGAUGAUGACAGUCUUUAUCCAUUGCCUUAUCCUUAUCCCACUGGGGCCGGGGCCGAAAAACAUUACUUUGGAUUUGCUUUUGUGAUAACCAUUGCUUUGAGUGCGUUUGUUGCCACGCAGCAUUGCUGAAAUAUGUCGGAGAAAUGUGUGCGUUAUCCAUCCUUUCAAUGUCUUAACGACUGUCUUGCCAGCACAGCAAGUUCCGUUCACGUUCGCUAUCAAGCAUCGACUGACUCAACUGAAUCGACAAAAAGAUGAUCUCUCAUAAGUAUUCAAGUUGAGUCUCUAUAAUCUCUUUUUUCAAUCUGCCUGCGUUCGUUAACGAAUCUCACUCACUAGCAGAAACAGCCACUGUCUCUGCUGAUAUGCCUUGCGCACAAUUCCCUUUAAUUCGGUGCUUCCCCGAAUUUCUCUCCGACAUAUUCAUUUUUAUUAUUUUUUUUUUAUUUACUUUUUUGUUUUGUACACUUUUUUGUUUAUUUUUUUUUUUUGUACGUUUAUAAAUAAAUAUGGCUAUACCUUUUAAUAUGCAGUAUAUUUCGAAUACUUGUUUUUAUAUAGUAUAGUGUUCAGUUCUUGAGCCUAAUCUAAUCUUGAAUCUCUCGUUAAUGUCUCGCUGUUUUGAUUAACCACAAUGGGGCAAAUAAACAUUUUUCAAAUGGGCAUUCAAAAAUGUUAACCUUUUUAUUACAAAAUUGCUUAAAUUCAUUUUCUGAGCAUUUGAGAUAUCGUCAGUUCG